UGUAGUCCAAAUGGCAAUCUAUCUAAGAAACCUUCAAAGGCCGCUAAAGCUUAAAGCUUUACAGCUCUCUAUUUCGCCGAACAACGGCAAUGAUAAACUUCUCCGCUUCUUCUCCGGCGAAGCCGUCGAACCACAAUUGCAGAUUCUUACUCGUCUGCUUCAUUCCGUACAGGGAAUUCUGUAGUGGUGUAGAUUCUGGAUCUGAGUUAGAGAAUUGUGAGAGUGGAUACAUUGAAUCGAAAGCGGAUCCGAGGGAGGUGGAUAGGGUGUGUAAAGUGAUUGAUGAGUUGUUCUCUCUGGACAGAAAUAUGGAGGCUGUUCUGGAUGAAUGUGGGAUGAAUUUGACCCAUGAUUUGGUGAUAGAUGUUUUGGAGAGAUUCAAGCAUGCUAGAAAGUCUGCAUUUAGGUUCUUUUGUUGGGCUGCUCAGAGGCCGGGAUAUGAUCACGAUUCAAAAACUUAUAAUGCAAUGAUGGCCAUACUUGGAAAGACUAGGCAGUUUGAGACUAUGGUGUCGGUUCUUGAAGAAAUGGGCGAGAAGGGCUUACUUACGAUAGAGACAUUUGUAGUUGCAAUGAAGGCGUUUGCUGCUGCAAAAGAGAGGAAGAAAGCUGUCGGGAUUUUUGAAUUGAUGAAAAAGCACAAGUUCGAAGCUGGAGUUCAGACUAUCAAUUGUUUGCUUGAUGCGUUGGGGAGGGCAAAGCUCGGGAAAGAAGCACAGGUUUUGUUUGAGAAAUUGGAGAAUAGGUUUACGCCAAAUUUGCAGACUUAUACUGUCUUGAUCAAUGGUUGGUGUAAGGUGAAGAACUUGAUGGAGGCCGGGAAGGUGUGGAACGAGAUGGUUGACAAGGGCUUUAAGCCUGGUCUUGUUGCGCAUAAUAUAAUGCUCGAAGGGUUAUUGAGGGGUCAUAAAGCCUCUGAUGCAAUCAAACUCUUUGAGGUCAUGAAAGCAAAGGGUCCAUCUCCGAAUGCAAGAAGCUAUACAAUUUUGAUCCGAUACUUGUGCAAACAAAGGAAGAUGGACGAAGCUAUUGACUACUUUGAGGAAAUGCUUGGCACUGGAUGUGAGCCCGACGUUGCAGUGUAUACCUGUUUGAUAACGGGGUUUGGCAAUGUAAAGAAGAUGGACCAAGUCCACGGGUUGCUGAAGGAGAUGCGGGAGAAAGGGUGUCCUCCCGAUGCACAAUUAUACAAUGCCGUGAUCAAAUUGAUGACUAACCGACGAAUGCCUGAUGAUGCCGUUAGAAUGUACAAGAAGAUGAUCAAAAAUGGGAUUCAACCAACUAUUCACACAUAUAAUAUGAUGAUGAAGUCAUUCUUCAUGGCAAGGAAUUAUGAACUUGGCUGUGCGGUUUGGGAGGAGAUGAACUCCAAGGGAUGUUGUCCUGAUGAGAAUUGUUAUACUGUUUUCAUUGGAGGGCUUAUAAGGCAGGGGAGAUCAGUUGAGGCUUGUAAAUACUUGGAGGAAAUGAUGGAGAAAGGAAUGAGAGCUCCUCAACUUGACUACAAUAAAUUUGCUGCUGAUUUGAGCAGAGCUGGAAGCCCUGAUACAUUAGAGGACUUGUCUCGGAUGAUGAAAUUAUCUGGAAAAUUUGAGGUCUCGAAUCUCUUUGCAAGAUGGGCUGAGAUGAUGAAGAAAAGUGUAAAGAGAAACACCCAAUUAACUAAUGUAUGAUAUCUUAAAUGAUAUUUGUCAAUGACCUUGUGGUCAAGUGGCACGAAGUGACUCUCCUAUAUGGGAGGUCAUGAGUUCGAGUCUCGCACAAAGUAGAUUGAGAAAGUAGUUAAAAACCGAUAUUGCAUUGUAAGAUAAUGUUGUAAUUUCAUUUCUUGAAUUGCAACUACAAUCUACCAAAGAGGCUAGUUGAUGAAUUGAUAUAAGGGAAAA